AUGUGGUUCCUGUACCGCUCCCAUGGCGAGGCGGCGGCGGCGGGCGAGCGCGAGGCGGCGAUGCCCACCUUCCGCUGGGAGGAGAUCCAGAAGCACAACCUGCGCACCGACAAGUGGCUGGUGGUGGACCGCAAGGUCUACAACGUCACCGCGUGGGCCAAGCGGCACCCGGGGGGCCACCGGGUCAUCGCGCACUACGCGGGCGAGGAUGCCACGGAUGCCUUCCGUGCCUUCCACCCUGACCUUGACUUCGUGAGCAAGUUCCUGAAGCCCCUGCUGAUUGGUGAGCUGGCCCCGGAGGAGCCCAGCCUGGACCGUGGCAAGAGUGUUCAGAUCACCGAGGACUUCCGGGCCCUGAAGAGAACGGCCGAGGACAUGAACUUGUUCAAGACCAACCACUUCUUCUUCUUCCUCCUCUUGGGGCACAUCAUUGUCAUGGAGAUGAUUGCAUGGCUCAUCCUUCAUUACUUUGGCAAUGGCUGGAUUCCUACCCUCAUCACGGCCUUUGUCCUUGCUACCUCUCAGGCCCAAGCUGGAUGGCUUCAACACGAUUACGGCCACCUUUCUGUCUACAAGAAGUCCAAGUGGAACCACGUUGUCCACAAGUUUGUCAUCGGCCACUUAAAGGGUGCCUCCGCCAACUGGUGGAACCAUCGCCAUUUCCAGCACCACGCCAAACCCAACAUCUUCCACAAGGACCCGGAUGUGAAGAUGCUCCACGUGUUUGUCCUGGGCGAAUGGCAGCCCCUCGAGUAUGGCAAGAAGAAGCUGAAAUACCUGCCUUACAAUCACCAGCACGAGUACUUCUUCCUGAUUGGGCCUCCACUGCUCAUCCCCAUGUACUUCCAGUACCAGAUCAUCAUGACCAUGAUCAUCCGCAGGGACUGGGUGGACUUGGUCUGGGCCAUCAGCUACUACAUUCGCUUCUUCUGGACCUACGUCCCUUUCUACGGCAUCCUGGGAGCUCUGGUUUUCCUCAACUUCAUCAGGUUCCUGGAGAGCCACUGGUUUGUGUGGGUUACACAGAUGAAUCAUAUUGUCAUGGAGAUCGACUUGGACCACUACCGAGACUGGUUCAGUAGCCAGCUGGCAGCCACCUGCAAUGUGGAGCAGUCCUUCUUCAAUGACUGGUUCAGCGGGCAUCUCAACUUCCAGAUCGAGCACCACCUCUUCCCUACCAUGCCCCGGCACAACUUGCACAAGAUCGCCCCGCUGGUAAAAUCUCUGUGUGCCAAGCAUGGCAUCGAGUACCAGGAGAAGCCGCUGCUGAGGGCCCUACUGGACAUCAUUAGUUCUCUGAAGAAAUCCGGGCAGCUAUGGCUGGAUGCCUACCUCCACAAAUGAAGCGCCGCCCUUGGGGCACCCGGGGGGAGGGCCGAAGGCGUGGGUGCUGCGACAAUAGGGAGGGGCGGACUUUCAUUCUGAGUGUUCUUGUAAGGCUGGGGUACGCAGCAGUUCAUGGAUCCCCCCCCCACACACACAAACACACUUUUCUGUCUCCCUUUCUCCCCCUUUCCUUUUGUUCCUCCGCCUCCCAAUCACCCAGUCUUCUCCGUUCUGCCUCGGCCCCCUUCUGCGCAGGCCCAGGAAAAGCCUGGGCUGCAGGUGGUGGCUCCAUCCCUCCAGCUUCUACCCUUCAAGAUCUGAGAUCAGAGGUCCCAGAGUCUGGCCUGGCACUCCCCUUCGUUCACCCCCAAACUCCCUCCUUUCAUCCCUCAUAAACUUCAGUGGCCUGCAGGGAGGGUCCAACCCUGCAGCCCACCCCAACAGCUGAAGGGGUCCGCCUGUUUGGAGGGAGGCAUGCUUUGUGCUCUGCUCUCUUUCCUGUGGCUGGGAUGGAUGCACAGUCUCCCUCCCGCUCUGGAGGGCUUCGGCCUGCAGCAAAGCCCUGAACUUGACCUUGAGGCCCAGAGAAAUCUCUUUCCCUCUCCCACUGCUGGAGCAAAGCCCUAUGCCAUCAUCUUCCUAACUCCAGAGGCUGCAGCCUUGGGUCCAAAGGGAGAGCGCCUUGGUGAGCUGGCCAUGGCAGGUUAGGGGAGGACCCCUCCCCCAC